AUGCUAGCGAUACUGACUCUUCUAGGUCCGCCCGUCGAUGGGCUUGAUUGUCUUCGUGACAUUCCAGUCAAUUCGCAGGACGAAAGAUGCUUGAGUCAGAUUUCAUCUUGGAUAUCUGAAUGUGCAGAGCACACGACUUGCUCUCAAUCGAAGCCAAUUUCUUUGCCUGAAAGGGUCAUUGAAAUUUCCCCGGAUCCUGCGGUGGCUCCACGCAUCAUUUCCUCUGACGGACGAAAUGGGUCCUAUAUCAUCUUAAGCCAUCAUUACUCCGGGGACGCUAAGAUUCCGGACACCGCGGAACUACUGAAAGGUGGCCUGCCCGUGACUUUAGACGUCGCGGUCUUCCCAAAAGCUAUAGCUGACGCCGUCGAUGUCACCCGCCGAUUGGGCUAUCGAUAUCUCUGGGCAAGAGAGCUCUGUAUGACAGCGAGCGAAUUUUCGGAGAACUCAUCCGGCUUCUUGAGUAUCUACGCCCGGGCAGCGUUGAUGCUUACAGCAUCUGCUGGACCAGAAGCCGAUCACGGAUUAUUUCACGACAGGAAGAUCCUCUAUUCUCCUGCGCUAGGGACUGGCAAAGACAGAUUUUUCCGACCACGUGCCCUACAUUGGGUGUCAAAUGUUGAAGAAUCACCACUUGCUAUGUUUGGUUGGAAUGUCGUGGAGAGAAUGCUUGCACCACGCAUUGUUCAUUUCACAAAUCGGCAGCUGGUCUGGGAAUGUGCUUCAGGCUGCCAAUUCGAAGCAGCAAAAAGUAUUGGAAACCAAGGCUCUGGCCCUAAGAUCAACGGCUAUGAUAAAACCAUUUUUCAGCGCUAUGUGGAGGAUGCACUCCAGCAGUCCCUUGCCGAGAUCAAUCAAGGCAGUGAUGAUGGGAAGGAUAAAUCAGUUGCACGGUUACAAACCUGGACGGACAGCGUGAACGCGCUCUCUUGGGGCAAAUUCGAGCCUCCUUCCGACAAACUCCUCGUGGUUGGAAAGAUUGCACUAGCUAUGAGCGAUAACACGAUGGGAGACUACCUGGCCGGAAUCUGGAGCAAACACAUCAUAUCUGGGCUAGCUUGGGGCCGCAUGUUCUCUCUUUUGACUCCAACACCCGAGUAUGUGGCUCCAACUUGGAGUUGGGCCAGCGUGAAUGGCCCCGUGGCCAUAGAUAAUGUCCAGGACGAUAUUACUUCUGAUUUUAUGUGGCUUCAGAAGUACCAACCAAAGCUUGUUUCCCACCACAUUAUACUUGCCGACCCUUCCAACCCCUAUGGAAAUGUUUUGCAGGGGUCGCAAAUUGCCCUUGAGGCGGCCUGCAUUGGAUUCAAAAACCUAACAGAUAGUUUCAAGGUACAGGAACAAGGGUUUCAAGUACGACCAGUUCUGGAUCAAUCAUUGCUGUUUGAUUGCAGCUGCUGCAGGCCCAGGCCAGACGAGGUCCAAGAGGCAGACUCGAGCAAAUUCAAUCAAGAGGUCGAGCAUCAUGUCUGUAUUAUCCUGAAGUUUGGCGACUUGGACGUGAAGACUGGUGGUGUGGGAUCCUGUUUAUGUCUUAUUUUGAAAGGUUCCGAUGAAAGCGACUCUUUUACCAGAGUAGGCUUUUUGACAGUUGCACUCAACUCUAGGGACCAAAUGGAUACAAUGGGUUGGGAAAGACGCAAGGUCAAGUUGGUCUGA